AUGAAUGCAAUUGCAACGGCCCUCCCAGUAUUGGCAAUCGCUCUUGCAGCUCAUGCAUGGAGUUCUCCAGGCCUCUCAGUCCCCCCUGGAGCCGUGUACAUUGAUCCCCUAGAGUAUAAUGUCGUUGGUGCCAAUUACACUCAAUGGCGCAACUCGUCUAUUGAAGGGUUCAAUCCCACAAACACUACCUCGCCUUUCAUCCAAAUAUUCGACCCCUCUUUCCUCAAUGUACUGGGUCCCAGCGCAACAAUUCGCUCUAUCGCUUCCAAUCCUGGCUUCGCCUUCGCACAUGAAGCACCAGUAUAUGUCCCGGAUCUUAACGUCCUCUUCUUUUCAAGUAAUGACGGCGGUCCUCUUGGGUAUAACGGCUGGUACAACAACAGCGUCGUUAGUAUGAUCAAUAUGACGGAAGUCGACAUUGCCCUCGCCUCCACUACGGGAAAUGUCAACAUCCAAGUGCAAACGCUCAACCUUUCGGACACAGUACAGAUGGUCAAUGGAGGUACUGGACCUUAUAAGGGCAACUUGCUUCUGGUCACUUCAGGACGCGCUCUUCUACCUCCCUCGAUCGUACUCGUUAACCCCAAUCCCCCCUAUAACGCCACUGUCCUUCUUGACAAUUUCUACGGCAGGCAGUUCAACUCCCUGAAUGACGUCAAGGUGCUCCCUGGCACCGACAUUAUAUUCUUCACAGAUCCCACUUAUGGCUGGUUGAACGGCUUCCGUCCUGAACCUAUGCUCCCUUCGCAGGUCUAUCGCUUUGAUCCGUCGACAGGCGAAGUCCGGGUUAUCGCAGAUCAGUUUGUCCACCCGAAUGGUAUCGCCUUUACGCCAGAUGGCAGAACUGCAUUCGUCACUGACACAGGUAUUUCGGGAGGAUUUCUUGGAACAAAUCAGACACUUCCUGCCACGAUCUACCAAUACGAUGUUGACCCAGCAACUCAGUCGUUCAUGAACCGCCGUGUGUUCGCGUACGCGGACUCCGGUGUCCCGGACGGUAUCCAGCUCGACACGCUGGGCAAUGUCUAUUCAGGUUGUGGGGAAGGGACACACGUCUGGAACUCCAGAGGAACCCUCAUCGGAAAAUUUUAUCUUAAUAGCACAACCGCUGAGAUGAUGUUCACGAAGUCCGGUCUUGUCAUCCUUGAUGAAGAGACGUUAUAUCUGGUAAAUAUUCAGGCGCAGGGGAUCAGUUUGACCACACUUUAG